AUGUGGAGGCUAACGACCAGCGAGGGUGGCGGGCCGUGGCUACGGUCGGCCAAUGGGUUCCUUGGACGACAGGUGUGGGAGUACGACCCUGACACUGGGACAUCCGACGAGCGUGCCGAGGUCGACAGGCUACGCGCAGACUACACCAAGCACCGCUUCCACAGGAAGGAGUCACAGGACCUUCUCCUACGCUUGCAGUAUGCAAAACUAAACCCUCUUCCAGUGAAUAUUCCAACACUGAAGCUUGAUAAAAGUGCAGAACUGACCGAAGAAAUUCUAUCAACUUCUCUGAGGAGAGCUCUAAAUCGGUUUUCCACCCUGCAAGCACAUGACGGCCAUUGGCCCGGUGACUACAGUGGGCUUCUGUUUAUUAUGCCUAUCAUUAUAUUUUCUUUGUAUGUUACGGGAUCACUUCACACCGUAUUAUCUCUGGAACAUCGGCGUGAGAUCAUUCGUUACAUUUACAACCAUCAGAAUGAGGAUGGAGGGUGGGGAAAACAAGUUCUCGGCCCAAGUACUAUGUUUGGGUCAUGUUUUAAUUAUGCAUCCUUAAUGCUUCUUGGUGAGAAGCCAAAUGGCGAGAAUGAUGCUUUGGCCAAAGGACGGUCUUGGAUUUUAUCUCACGGAAGUGCAACUGCAAUUCCACAAUGGGGAAAGAUAUGGCUCUCGAUAAUUGGCGUUUAUGAAUGGUCAGGAAACAAUCCAAUUAUUCCUGAGUUGUGGCUGGUUCCAGAUUUUCUUCCCAUUCACCCAGGUCGGUUUUGGUGUUUUACCCGGCUGGUGUACAUGUCAAUGGCCUAUCUUUAUGGAAAGAAAUUUGUUGGACCCAUUACUACAACUAUCUUAGCACUACGAGAGGACCUCUAUAAUACAGCAUAUGAGAAAGUUAACUGGGACAAGGCGCGUCACUCAUGUGCCAAGGAAGACCUUCAUUAUCCUCGCUCACAUGUGCAAGAUAUACUCUUUGGUUGCCUUAACAACUUUGUGGAGCCCGUGCUGAACUGUUGGCCAGCCAACAAGCUCAGAGAGAGAGCUUUGAGUAACCUUAUGGAGCACAUCCAUUAUGAAGACGAAACAACAAAUUUUGUCGGAAAAUGUCCUAUUAACAAGGCAUUGAACAUGAUUUGCUGCUGGGUAGAAAACCCAAAUUCAGAUGCCUUCAAGCAACAUCUUCCGAGGUUUUAUGAUUACUUAUGGCUUUCAGAAGAUGGAAUGAAAGCACAGGUAUAUGAUGGAUGCCAUAACUGGGAAUUAGCCUUCAUAAUCCAUGCCUAUUUCUCAACGGAUCUUAUUGCCGAGUUUGCCACAACUCUAGAAAAGGCUCACGAUUUCAUUAAAAACUCACAGGUUCUAAGAAACCAGCCUAACUACAGAAGAUUUUACCGCCAUAGAUCAAAAGGUGCAUGGACACUUUCAACUGUAGACAAUGGUUGGUCGGUGGCCGAUUGUACUGCAGAAGUUGUUAAGGCAUUGCUGCGGUUAUCAAAGAUUUCACCUAAACUUGUUGGGGAUCCAAUAUCACAAGAAAGGUUGUAUGACGCCAUAGAUUGCCUCCUUUCUUUUAUGAAUACCGAUGGGACUUUCUCUACGUACGAACGUAAAAGAACUGCGUCUUGGUUAGAGGUUCUCAAUCCUUCUGAGAGUUUUCGCAACAUUGUCGUCGAUUACCCAUCGGUUGAAUGCACAUCAUCGGCUCUUGAUGCUUUGGUGAUCUUCAAAGAUAUGUAUCCACAAUAUCGCAGAGGAGAGAUAGAAAAUUGCAUAAAAAAUGCUUCGCUGUUCAUUGAAAAGAGCCAACGAAAGGAUGGUGCAUGGUAUGGCACUUGGGGUAUUUGUUUUACUUAUGGAACCAUGUUUGCUGUAAGAGGAUUAGUUGCUGCUGGAAGAACUUAUGAUAAUAGUCAUUCCAUUAGGAAAGCUUGCAGUUUUCUGUUGUCGAAUCAACAAAAUACAGGUGGAUGGGGAGAAAGCUAUAUUUCUAGUGAUAUUGAGGAUUAUGUUGACAGUGGUAAACCUAAUGCAGUGAACACUUCAUUUGCAAUGUUAGCUUUAAUUUAUGCUGGGCAGCUUGCACGAGAUCCGGUACCAGUAUACCAAGCAGCAAGACUAUUGAUCAACAUUCAGCUUGGAACCGGAGAAUUUCCACAACAGGAACAUAUUGGAUGCUUUAACUCCUCCCUAUACUUUAACUAUGCCAACUACCGCAACAUAUUCCCUAUUUUGGCUCUUGGGGAGCUUCGAGGACGACUUAUGGCGAAGAAGAACUGA